CACUCUACACCUACCCAGGUUCAGUGCUGUGAUCAACAAAUAUGAGGGGCCAGAGAAGAAAAAACUCUUUGUCUUGCAGAUUGAGGCUGGAAAAGAAGUUAAAAACUAAACCAAAUGGUUCCUAAGCGUGGGCAUGACUCUCAAGGAAUACUAUACCUGUGGGACAAGAAGAACUUUGUUUUGGAGUCUAACGAAUGGGUGAUAGAUAAUAUAAGCGUGUUUUAAACGCCUCUGUACUUGUAUUGAUCGCGAUUCAUUCAUUAAUUCAUUCAUUCACCAGACCGGGUCGUGUUUGGAAGUGCUGCAAGGGAACCAGCGGUGUUGCGAGUAGUAUAGUGAUGUGAGAAACGUCUCCGUUUUUUGUGUGUGCGGAUUUUUUUGUGUUUUUCUUUCUAAUGUCAAUUCUACAGUUUGCUAUCUGGACAUGACCCUGCCAAGUGGCAGAGUAAUAUGGACUUUCUUCAUGAUCUUGACGCUGUGUUGCGACACGACCACGCAUAAACGCCAGACCUACAAAACAAAGUAUCGCCAACUUCAGAAGGAACACAGAGAUCUUGCCCAGGGACUAGAGAAGUUGAGUAAACGACUGGACAAGUUGGAGGAACGGGAGCAAGAAGCAGCGAGGUGUCCGGUUGGGUUUGUGCAGUUCUAUCGCAGGUGUCUGUGGUUUGUGUUUGAACCGCGCAAGAAAUGGAAGGAUGCCAGGCAGUACUGUUUGAACCACAGCUCGCGUUUAGUGAUAGACAACUCGACGAGGAAACAUGAAUUCAUAGUGAAGUUCUUAAAAUACAACAGUCCUCAUGGGUCCACUGAUUUGUACACAGAUGGUAUAUUUGGUUGUAUUGGCCACCAUAGCCCUAUGAACUGGAACCCCGGCUCGGGCCAUAGCUGUAAUGCUCUUCAAGACUGGCACUGGAAUUUUGAUGGACGGCAAGUGAGUUCUUCCCGGGAAACCCACUGGAUCGAAGGCCACCCUCCAGACCCGCCAACCCUGGGGGAAAGUGGCCUCGGCUAUGGCAAGGUGGCCUGUUUACGAAUCAGCCGAAACAAGGCAACGUACGGAAACUGGAUGGCAGCUAGUUGUGAAAUAAAACUGCCUUUCAUUUGUGAACUUAGGCUGCCAAAGGUUGUCAAAACGAAGAAGAUGAAGAGAGGAAGGCGUUCAGAUCUUUGAUAGUAAGUUGAUCUGAGUCAUUUUUUUUUUAAAUUUGUUUGCUGAAAGCUUGUGAGGCUGAGCGGGUGAGGUAGAAGGCUGGCCUAGGAGCUGGUGAUGUGUCGAUGUCAUAUUCACGAUCUGUGGAUCGAGUUCGUCAAAACAAGGAGAAAUAGUCUAAAGGAACAUUUCCUGGUCGUGCAUCAGGUUAAUUAAACGAGCAGAAAUGGCCUGUCGGUGGAGGGUUUUGAGUGUGGACAUUUCUUGUUGGUAUACAGUGAUUAAACGAGCAGAAAUGGCCUGGUAGUGUAAGGUUUCGAAUGUGGACAUUACUUGCUGUUAUACAGUUGUCACAGGACCAUUCCAUGCCUUCUUUCAUCAGGGUUACAAGGAAAUGUAAGAAUCAGCCAAAGAUGGGAAAACGGAUCUUUAGGAAUUCUGCAGUGUUGACUACAUUCGUUGUUGAAGAGAAAUACAAAAAGUGUAAAGUUGUUAACAUUUUAUAUUUAAAUGUGAUCUUUUAUUCAUCGCUCGACAGUCACUCGAAAACGAUUCACAGCAUCAUCACUAACGUGGGUUCUUGAAAGAAAACAAGAUAAAUGAGUCACUAGAAGUCAUGACUGUUGACCGCGGCUAUUUAAAGAAGAAAAAAAUAGCCCCAAAGUGGAAAGUAUUCAGCAUGGUAUUAUUGGUUAGAACUGAUUUCAGUGUUUUCUUUUAUUUUUGUUAUCACAGACUCACAGCUGUUACGAAGUAGAAGACAGAACAUUGGAUAUCUCGAUCUCCAUCCUCUUUAUUAUAUGUGACGUAACGGCUAUAUAGAGCACACCCCGUGUAACAGACUGUCAAUAUUAGACAACUAAACUGUGACUAUAAUAAACACUUUUCUAAAUCUGACGGCAUGGAUCUUUAGUAUGAUCGUAAUCCAGUUAAGUCUAACAAUAAACCUAUAAUAGUAUGUUGGUGAGUAGUACAAGCUCUACAAGAAGAAACCCGACACUCGGAUGACUCUUAUGGAUAAUGGUGACGAGUUUCUGCUUGUAUUAAUCACUAUCUUGUGCAUUUAAUACUACAUUGUACUAGUAUAGGUAACUCGUUAAUGAUCAGACUAAAGAAUCGUUUUCACGUGGAUUUUAAACGCAGUACAUGACGUCCGCUUGGUUGUCGAAAUUUUAAAACUUGACAGUCUGUAAUACUAAGUGCGCUCUGGCGCUGUUCUCACACAAACUGAAGAGAGCUAGAAGACACUAAAGGCGACGCCACACGAUACGAGUUCGUCGUACGAGAAUUGCCUGUUGUAUAGCAACCGAUGACAUCGAAUUAUGUCUUGUCACAAUCGGCUAUUCUCACACGAGACACUCGUAUCGUGUCACGUCGCCUUAAAACUAAUGGCAAAACAUGGAAACUAUUAGCACUUGCCGUUCUAGAGUGUAAUUACUGAUGUCGCUUGUCUAGCCGUGAUGCAUGUACAGUAACUAGAAUAUAGUAGGUAUAAUAAAAAUAUUAUUUGAGUGCAGAAAGUGAAAGGAAAAUGUUUUAAAGUAAAGAAGGACAUUUUUGUAAAUUAGGAUCUGACAACAUUAAUUGAGUAUUUGAUCAUGAUGACGUUUUCUUUCUUUCUUUAUUUUAUUCGCACAGAAAAAUAGUACGGUCAAAGUAUAUCAUCUACCUUGAAAUUACAAAGUUGUACGUAGAAAUAGGUUUUCUUCUUCUUCUAUUUUUAAAAAAGAAUGGUAGCGUAUUUUUCAGGCAUGAGCAUGUAUGUGAUAAUAACAUUAUAGUAUUAUAUAAACUUGUUCCUUAGAAUCAUGUUUCUAGUUUUGGGAUAUCAUGUUUGCUGAUUUUCAUCUUCUGUAUUUGAAUAUUCAGUGUUAACACCUGCUACUUACAAACCUGUCUGCUAGUACAGAAUGCAAAUACAACUACAGUUAAACUAAUAACCGCAGCAUCUCGCCUCACUGUUUUACAACAUCGUUUUCUUUAAUACAGAAUACAGACACAACUACACUACAGUUAAACUAAUAACCGCAGCAUCUCGCCUCACUCUCUUACAACAUCGUUUUCUUUAAUACAGAAUACAGACACAACUACACUACAGUUAUACUAAAAACCGCAGCAUCUCUCCUCACUGUCUUACAACAUCGUUUUUUUUUAAUACAGAAUACAAACCAUAAUUAACAGAAUGCGACAUCUUACGACAUAAAACUGCUUAUUACAUAUUAUUUAGUGCUGUAUAAUUAGAUUAUUUGGAAACAUUGUCAGUACAGGUCAUUUUGCACUACAUUAUGUUUUUUAUUUUGGGAGAAUAGGCAAGUUCACACUAAAACAUAAAGGUCGUUUUAUGUACGGAGUAUUUUGGCGCGGCGCGGGCAUAAAGACUUUAGAUUGCAAUUUUAGAAAAACAAAGACGCCGCAUCCUCAACGUUAAAUCACUUGCCCAUACACACCCAUUCACCCAACUCUCCAAUCUCCACGCAUAGUCAUGUUUAUAUUACUCCUAGUGAGUAUCAAAAACGUGAGGUGUGUUCAGGAGGGCGAGCGAUAGUGGUCGAUCGCUUGUCUGGUUUUUGCGCCUAUCGUUUGUAUUAGUACCAAAAAUCAAAAAGGAACAUUUUAUGUAAUAAUGUUAAAGUGUUGUUAGAUUGCUUUUUUAUGGGUGUAGUAUCCAUGGGAAGUUGUUGGUGAUGUUUUUUGUUUGUUUUGUUUUUUUGGUUUUUUUUUUAUGCCAACAAAUUGAACAGAGUAAUUACAAAUAAAUGUUCAUGAUUACAAUAUACUGCGAUUGUAAUAUCCAUCAAAAUCAAACUGUUCUGAUUACCACGUAUCUCUACUACUAACUUUGAUCUGCGUUUCUUUGGGCACUCCGUAUAUGACGUAUAUCACCACACCUCUGAUAUACAAUUAUAUUACAAGAAACUGUUAGAUUCGAUAUGAGACCAGGUCACUUGAUCGUCUCACAGACAAGAAUAGGCUGGAAUGUCGUGUGUCCCGUUUUAAACAAACGAUUUAGAUGAUCGUUCUUUCAGACUUCCAUUUGGAAACUCCACGUGUGGUGAGUUUCAUAUGAGGUCUUAUGGGUUUAAAUUAACAUAUCGAAUUGCUUCCACCCGCCACGCACCGCGCUAUAUGGCACAAACAAACCGGUUUCCUGAACAAGUAGCAUCUUGUUUAUUUAUCUUACCAGCGGAAUAUUAGAUCGAACAAUCAGUGCUUGCCAUUGACCAACUUUGGCUGAUAAUUCAAAGAUCACUAUAACAUAUACAGUUCCUUAUUCUGACGGUGUAAUACGUAAACUUAUAUCAUGAGCGUUACCAGAAAUAUAUGGAAGAGGUUCUUUUGUAUAAUGAAUUAAUAUUAAUUUAUGUCUAAUAUUAAAAGAGAAUAAUUUAAAAUAAAGAUUUGCAAUCAAAACUAAUAAGUAAUAUUUCUUAAAAUCACCAAAAGACCGAAAGUUAGUUCGUUCGCAGUUAGAAAUUUCAAUUUUAAGUUGUGGAAAUUGUUAUGUGUGUGUGUGUGUGUGUGUGUGGGUGUGUGUGUGCGUGUGCGUGUGUGUGUGUGUGUGAAGACAGUCAAAGCUAAUGAAAUGGUUUUCUUUUCAGGUUCAGUAUUCACAAAAAGAGAAAACGAUUUAGCAACAAGUUAUAGCAAUACUCAAGAAACUGUUUAAAUCAUUUACAUCGUUUCUGUAUUACUACACAUACCGGUAUAUGUAGUCGUAUAAAAAUAAAUAAAAAUUAGAAGAAAAAAAUAGCUGCGUUUAUAAACAAAAUAACAAAGUCGGUACCAAUUACUAUCAAAUUCAGACCGCAGUGAAAAAACAUUUGAGGCAAGUGAUAAUGAGUCCCCUCAGUAACUAAGAUUGUGGGGAGUUAUUUAAGAUAUUACAUACUAAGCAUUGAUAUUUAAUCCUUUUAUAGUCCCUUGUUUAAAUUCACAUACUUAGGGAGCUAAAAUUACUCCCUUUGAAUUAGUCCCAGGGGAGUGAUGGAGAGCGGGAGUGAUAGCUCCCCUUAUAUACCCUUAUUCAUGACCCCCGUGAAAUAUUGUUUUUGUCACUCGCUAAAGCCCGUGACAAAGUUAAACGUUUUUAUUUCACCCGGGACAUAAAUUUGAUAACAUUUAGCUGGUAAGUCGUUUAUUAUCGUCUAUUUAGUUAUUAGUUACGUAAAAUAGUUUGUGCUUCGUGUGGGGUAUGUUAAAUCAUCGUAUGUCUUAGGCAGCAUGUGUAUAAAUACUUAAUGUCUAUAUGGGGCCGGAUCAAGGAUUUUGUGAUGGGGGAGGUGGGGAGGGGGGAUCCAGGACAUGUUCUAACUGGAUUAAGACUAAACAAAGACGGGACAAAUAGUCGUUGAACAUGGACAAUGUUGAUAGUGUACAAUUCACCGGUACUGUACCUCCCACCACCACCCACCCCCGCCGACCCCGCCCUUGCAUGUGUAUAGAGUUACUUCGUGAUUUGUGUUUCUAUAAUAGACUGUGUGUGUAUGCAUUUGUGUAUCAUUGAUUAAUGUGUACGUCUAAGCAGAGUAGGACACUGGUGUACUACAUAUAGCUCAUGGAAGGCACUGAAACAAGCCAAGAGUGUAGUCGGGUCGACACCGGAUAUUGGCACUGUUGUAGCUAUAAUAUGACUACAUUACCUUGGCACCACGAUUGAUCUGUGGUAAUAAAAUUGUUUUUAACAUCAUAACUCAAAAUUAAAGCAAUUAUAGACCCAAAAUUAAGACAUUUAGUAAAACAAAUACGUCAACAGUUAAUAAAUUCGAAAUUGUAUGAAAAGUAACUGGAAUAGUAAUUCGCCGUACAGUCGCCAUUUUAAUUUUUAAAUGAAACAAAUGCGUUAUUAUGCGUAAUGCGUUCUGCAAUGUUAAAGUUAUAUGAACUUGUACGAAAUUGAUUAAUGGUAAGUGACCCCCAACAGUAAAUCAUUAAUAAGAGACAAAACUUGAAUAAUUAUUUUCGUUACGAUUGUACCAAUAUUCUUCAACAAUUAGGCAACGUUCGAGGAGUGUGUGUGUGUGGGGGGGGGGGGGGGGGGGGGACUGUAGCUAUGGACGUAUAUAAGCGCUAGGUAGCAGUUGCCGCUACAAAACAAAUAAAAACAGAUUUUGUUUAUAUUCAAAAUAUAUGUUAAACACUUACGGCGAGCUGGGAUGGGGCUGUGGUGAGUAUAAAGUGUCCGGAGUUUGCGUUACGUAAUUGUUGAACGGCCCUUUAAUAUAUUUUGAUGAAUAUAUAUUAUGUAGAUUUAGUUAGAUAUCAAAGUAGUGAUGUCUUUCUUCCAUGUUAAUUACAACGUGAGCUUGAGUGAUGGCCCACCUCAAUCGACGAGAUCAAUGACAAUGACAAUAAUCUGAUAGCAGGAAAAGUGACGCUAAUCACGAGACGGUGAACGUCAUACUGAAUCCAAUACCCGUCUUAUAUAACAUAUAUUAAAGAACAAUUGGGCCAUCUGAGAAACAAAUAAAGAAUAUAAAAUCCCAUUUGAAUGGGGGAGGAGGAGGGGCGGUCAAUCGCCCCUCAGGAAAUACGAACAAGUGCCAGUUUUGGUUUGAAAGCGACCUUUUUGUCUAGCUAGUGAAUAUCCAAUAUUACUGUACUGGUACUCUAAAUAUAUAAUAGCUAUUGACAUAAUGAAACUGUACACGACAAAAGUAAAUGUAGAUAGGAAUGUAUUUACAGUGUACACGUAUUAAUCCAUGAAUGGCCGGACUAGCUAUGGACGUAUAUAAGCGCUAGGUAGCAGUUGCCGCUACAAAACAAAUAAAAACAAAAAAGAAAAAAACGAGGUAAAAGUGCAACUUUUAGUUUAGAAGUGCUAUUUUUUUCCCAGUUAGAAAGGUCCCUAUAUUACUAUACAAUGAGUUUUUACCCCCCCCCCCCCCCUUUCCCUCUAGGUGUUAUGUUAGAUAUGACCCCAGUAGUAUUAAAACUAUAAUUUACGUAGGUCUAGUAAAUAUGAUAUAAUAAUCUACAAACUGUGAUACUAUAUUUAUCAAAUCAUCGAGUAUGUGAUAUUACUGAUAUCUGUCUCAUUCGUGUAGUCUUGUUUUGUUUGUAAAUAGGAGUGCCAUGUUCAAAAUGCCAUCACCUGCGACAUAUUUAUAUUUUUAUAUACCAUUAUGUAUUAUUUCUUUGCUUGUUUGGACUCAAAAAAAACAUACCUGUUCAAACAUGUGCGUAUUAUAAAUGCAAUUUGUUAUGUCUUUCAUGUUACUGUAUUUAUUGUGCCAAAAAUAAUUAACCUCAUUCAAUAAAGUCUUCCUUAUUUGA